GGGAUGAGGCAAAUUCAAACACAGUGCGUUACGUGUAAUUGUCGACAAAUAUCCCCUAAAUACACGACACUAAUUACAUGGUACCUGAGCCUAAACAACGUUCUUACUUCGAAAUUAAAGCUCAAUUGGAUGCUUAUCGUCUAACAAAUCCAGUAACUCCACAGUUAAAACCUCCAACCAUAAAUGUGCUUCAAGAACCUGCCAAAAGUUCUGUGGUAAAAGAAUCAUCUACAAAAUUAGCUAGAAUUACUACCAUUUGGAAUUUAUGGUAUGUACAAUUCAUUAUUACUCUGUUAUUAUGGUUAUUAGCCAUAAAAAUUGAAUUUGGUGCUGUAUUUUUUAUUAUCGGGGCGUUAUAUUGGAUUUGGGUAUGGGGAACAACAAGAAAUCCAAAACCUCACAUCUCCAAUAAUCCUGAUGAACAAAUUGUAUCAGCUAGCUUCUUUUUCGAUAAUUCCCCUAUUCCAUCAAACAUUAUGUCUUGAAAAUAUUCUUAAUAAUUAUAAGUAACAAGUCUUUCCGAGUUGUUUCAGAUUCUUUUCUUAUCUGUUAAAUAGUUUCAUGGUCCUUAUAUUUUGAUCUUAUUUAAAAUGAAAUUUCUCAAUAAACUGAACUUGCUAAUGUUUAUCUUUAAAUACGUUUGAUCCACUUUAAAGGGAAUAAAUCUAAGGUAUUU